AUGGACGCCAUGCAGAUGGUCAUCCCCGUCCUCGGCAUCGCUGCGGCGGCGGCGGUGACCUUCUACGCCGUGAGCUUCUCAGAGAUCCGAGAGGUAGGUCGCCGGCGGCGGCGGUUGCGCUCUUCCAUUCCUCCCCUCCGUCCUCGUUUUUCUUUUUCCCGGCGGCGAUUGAUUGCCUCUGACGCGGCUUCCGAUCUCGCUGUCUUCGUCGUCGUCCGCUCCGUCGGCAUGGCUGCAGAGGUCUUUUGCGGAGUUGGAGGAGUCGGAGGACCGAGGCGGUGGUUUCCGGUCCACGGCCAGCUCGAGGCAGACGAGGGCCAGGAGGAAGGCCGAGAAGGAGGCCAGGAAGAGGGAACCCUAG